GACUGCCGCUACCCCAUGGGCAAGCGCUUCGCCAAGGGCGUCUGCCAGUGCAGGCUCAGCGCCCAGGUGUGCGGUAGCGACGGCCGGACCUACGACAACAUCUGCCAGCUGAAGGCGGUGAGCCGCAAGGCGCUGCAGCACGGCCUGCCCGCUGUCGUCCAGGUCCAGAAGGGAGCCUGUGAAUCGGGUCACCUACAGUCCAGCAGCCCAAGAUACAAAUUCAACUUCAUAGCAGAUGUGGUGGAAAAGAUUGCACCUGCAGUUGUGCACAUUGAACUUUUCCUCAGGCACCCUCUCUUUGGGCGAAAUGUCCCACUUUCCAGUGGAUCUGGUUUUAUUAUGUCUGAUUCUGGUUUAAUUGUGACCAAUGCGCACGUGGUGUCAAGCACCAAUGCUGUAUCAGGGAGACAACAAUUGAAAGUACAGCUACAGAAUGGAGAUACCUAUGAAGCAACCAUUAGAGAUAUUGACAAGAAAUCUGACAUUGCAACAAUAAAGAUUCACCCUAAGAAAAAACUACCAGUAUUGUUACUGGGACACUCUGCUGAUCUGAGGCCAGGAGAAUUUGUGGUGGCGAUUGGAAGUCCGUUUGCCUUACAGAACACUGUGACAACAGGUAUUGUCAGCACUGCUCAGCGAGAUGGCAAAGAACUUGGCCUGCGGGACUCAGAUAUGGAUUAUGUUCAGACAGAUGCUAUUAUCAAUUACGGCAACUCUGGAGGACCUCUGGUUAAUCUGGAUGGUGAAGUGAUUGGGAUUAACACCUUGAAGGUCACAGCUGGGAUUUCUUUUGCUAUUCCUUCAGACCGCAUCACUCAGUUUCUCACAGAGUCACAUGACAAACAAAGUAAAGAUGGGAAGAAACGUUUCAUUGGCAUCAGAAUGCUGACAAUAACACCUGCCUUGGUGGAAGAACUGAAACACAAUAAUGCUGAUUUUCCUGAUGUCAGAAGUGGAAUUUAUGUACAUGAAGUUGUUCCAAACUCACCUUCUCAUAGAGGAGGGAUCCAAGAUGGAGAUAUUAUUGUUAAAGUCAAUGGGCGUCCUUUGAUGACUUCCAGUGACCUGCAAGAGGCUGUGAUGAAUGAAUCACCUCUACUACUUGAAGUUCGAAGAGGGAAUGAUGACUUGCUAUUUAACAUUGAGCCUGAAGUUGUUAUGUAAAUAGAAUUGAGGAAGCUCUCACCAUAAUUAAACUCACUUAUUCUGGAACACUAGAUACCUCCUUUACAGCUACAGUAAUUAUACUUCCUGUUGACUAAUGACAAGGUGGACUAACUUAAUUGCCUGAGCCAUUUCUGUACAUAGUAGCUAGAAUGAAUUCAAUUGUGCCAUUUAUAGAUUUAACUCCAAUGACAUUUAAGAACUGUGUUCUGGGGAGGAGAAGGAAAAUAAAUUUUGGGGAGCUGAUAGGAAUGAGGUCCACUUCCACUUUCUGCAGGUUCAGAGCAGAUCUCCAUCUUUUUUGAAAGACCAGAAUACUACUGGAAGUGAGGAAGAAUGCGGGAAGGGGAAACUAUUCUUAAACUCCACUUAUGGCUGCAGCAGAACGAAGCUAUUGCAAUGCACAGUUGAGCUUUUCUCUUUAUGUCACUUUUUCAAUGUGAACCUAGUAUUGGCAAAGCUUGUAUUUGUUCUUAGUGCUUCUAUGCUACAUGUUAAUGCAGGUAGAUUAAAUCUGUAAAUAUCGGAAAGGAACAAAAAUGGUAUCAGGCUAUAGAGUGUUACACCUAGGUCAUGCGAUUUUGGAAUAUAGUAAAUGAUUCUUAUAGAAUUAAUGCCUUAUUAUAUAUAAAUCAAAUCGAUGUGCUGAACAAAGUUAAGUUUGAGAAAGUGCAGAGUUUUUUAAGAAUUUGAUACAAGUUAGUUUUGCGUUUUACUGGUAAGCUUUGCUGUAAAAUUGUUACACUACUUUUGGCUUGUACUUUGUAUGUUUCUACUGUAAGGAGAAUAAAGUUUACACUAAUGAUGUGUUGGUG